UUUGUUUUAUGUGGAUAUGAAAUAGGCAGUAUAUUUAUAGCAAGUGUGUGUCUAGCCACAGGCUUGAAUGAAAUUAGUCACUGUUUGUUUUCGCCCCGUCACGUGUGUUGCAGUGUGAAAAACGAAGGUAGCCUAAUGCACAUGCCUAUAUAUUCCAUGUAUUCUUUAUAAUGUCAUAUUUGCCUUGUGGUUUCCCCACACUUAAAUUCACACAUCUGUGUAUGAAAUAGGCUGUUGAUGAUCUGGUUGUGCACAUUUUGGAUGCAUAUACAAAUGCCUAGAUUAGUUGAGCAGUCUUUACAAUGUAACUGGUAAAUUAUAAGACAAUGGUCUUAUUGUUAGUAUUUUAAAUGGCAUUUUGAAUUUGCGUUUUAUGUUCUAUAAAGUAGGCAAUCGGUAUUUAUUUCUUGGCAGUUUAAAUUAAACGUCUCUAGGGGAAAUAAAUGGGAAAUGUCUCCUGUGCGCAGCUGCCGAGGUUUCCAUAUAUAGCGCAAUGUAAACUAUGACGUAAUGCGUUGUCCCUGGGCGCAUUGCUUACGCGCGCGUGCGCUCGGUACUCGGCGAUUGGUCGAGCGUGUUGUAAUUUAUUAGAACCUCGCGCUCUUGUGGCUCUGCUUCACUACUUGUGAUAUCUGGUCGGAGACCGUGAUGAGGUUCGGAUGAAUAAAACCCCUGGUGAACUGUGUUUUCUGUCGCCUUUUGAUUUUUUUCUAUUAAAUAGUGUUAAUUGAGUGUGUGGGGUCGGAAUGUCAUCUGGAUAUUAAUCAUCGAAUACACCAAAAGAUCAACCAGAAAUGGCCACAAUUUUGGAAAACCUGACAGAUGGAGGCUCGAAAAAGGACAGAAUUCGACUGGCCAAAGAAAGAAGAGAGGAGAAAGAUAGAAGCCAAGCUGUGCGGGAGCGAGCUCUCUGGGAGAAGGAACAGCGUGCACAGCAGCAGUAUGAACGCUCAGUGGUGGAGCGAGGGAGGCGACUGGAAGAGCAGCGGCAAAAGGAGAUUCAACGUCGUUCGGCCGUGGAAGAGAAAAGGAGGCACCGCAUAGAGGAGGAAAAGGAGCGACUAGAGGCCCUGAUGCGACGUUCCUUAGAGCGGAACCUGCAGGUGGACCAGAGGCCGAAACGUUGGACAUGGGGCGGACCUCCCGGAGCCUGCGAGGGUGAUCCUAAGAUCGCCCCUCCCUCACCUGCUUCAGCCUCCUUAGCCAAUGACCCCGCUGUUCCUCCUCCUGCCAGCAAAUCCAGGAACGUUCAAGAUUUUAUUAUUCCGCCCGAGUCCCCAGACUCUCUCCUGAGCAGACAUCUCUCGUCCUCAUCCACUACUUUGCCCAAUAUGACAGAGAAAGUGUCUUGUCUUUGUUCCCGAAUAGCCUCCUCCAGCCCUCACAGGUCUCCUUACAGGGCUUCACCCAGUAGAGCUGAGCGGAAGAAGGGUAGCGCAUCAUUUUGUGGACCAUUGAAUGACUCCAGAGGGGCACCCACAACCCCGAAAACCCCUCAGACUGAGAAAACAGAAAAGAGCAUUGCCCAAACCUUAGCCGACUCAUCUAUGAAAAAACUUGAGUCUCCAACAACACCCACCCGAAGUUCUUCUACCCAAAAGAACCCCAGUACACCGAAAAGAUCAAGGUCCUGUAAAAGCCGCAUCCAGUCCCCGGCCUCCCCGGGUCAGUACCCCCCUUCCCCGAUGAGGCACCGAGCCACCACACCAAGUUUAGAGAGCAAGAGGUGGGAAGGAGAAGAGAAAGGGACCUUAGAGAGUAAAGGCUUCAGCACUCUAGAGAGAAAGACUUCCAAAGCAGAGAGAAUCCCAAAAUCUACAAGCAAGGAAUUUGGACACAAUGCAGAGUCUCCAGUGACUCCCACUGGGAAAGCAGGAACCACUGAUGCAGAGGAGGCCUCCAGGCUGCUGGCAGAGAGACGACGCCUGGCCAGAGUACAGAAGGAGCAGGAUGAAAAGCUACGACUGGAAGAGGAGAGGCUCAGGGCUGAGGAGCUGCAGAGGCAGCAGGAAGAGGAGAGACAGCGGCAGGUCCAGGCAGCUCAACAGGCGGAGGAGAAAAGACAGAGACAGGAGGUGGAGCGCUGUCAGAGAGACCAGGAAGACAGACACCAAAAGGAACAACGUUGGAAGGAUCUUCAGAAUGAGCUGGAGAAACAGAGGGAGGAAGCUGUGCAGCGCGUUCAUAGGGAGGCCGAACGGAAGAGGCAGGAGCGAGAGCUUCUGAAAAUUCAGGAGGAGCAGGAAAGACUGCAAAGGAAGAAGCGUAUUGAGGAGAUUAUGAAAAGGACAAGAAAACCAGAUGGAGAAAAGAAAGAAGAGGCGCAGAUGGAAGUCCCAUCCCCCAUUUCUGUUUCCCAGUGCAUCUCAUCAUCUCCCUUGGAAACUGGAGCAGGUAAUACAGUGAUUAACAAUCCACCAAAGGCAACGUCUGAAUCUCCAAUCAUAUGCCUUCAGCCACUGGAGGCAAAGUGCAGCGGGGUGGAUGAUCUCUCUGAUGGGGUCCAGUCCAUGGAUGUCAGCCCUGUGUCCAGAGAUUCCCCCGUCAGCGAGAUCUCACAGAACAGCAUGAGUUCUGUGGCUUUGGGCGACAUCCUUGUUCUGACCGGGCAGGUCUCGCAUCCCAAAAUGUCUGCUGCUCCAGCUUUUGGUGACUGCAACAAGAACCUGAUCCAGGAUUGCAGUAGCGCUGCUAUUGACUCAUCACUUUUCCAGAGUCUUAGACCGACCUCAGACAAGCUCAACAUCUAAUAUAAAGACACUAUUGAAGCACGGGGCUGGACUGAACUGAUGUACUGAACUGAUGUGUGGAGCUGAAAAAUGAGACCAGUCCUUUGUGCCUCGGCAUCUUCAUGAGAGCCUGAAUAUCCUCUUGAACAGGAGAAUAAGGACGGAACGUCAAACCAAGAAAAGACACAAUGACGGUUGAUUCCCCACACAUAAAAUAAAGUUUUGCCUGCUCCUCGUAGAUAUUAUAUUUCACACCAUUUCACCGUAGUGUCACCAGACAAAGCAACUGUAUUAGCGCAGUCCUAGUGGUCGUCUUAGUCCUGUUAUACACCUGUAGCAUUGAUGAGUGAUACACCGUGACAAUUGUAGCAGCUCCAUUGUGUAAUUUGUUUAAUUUUGGGUUGCAUAAAUGACCGGCAAACCGAGCAGUCAUGUGCUGAGUCUGAUAAUUGUGCUGUAUUAAAUGGCUGGGGUUUGCAAGCAGUAUAUUGUGUAAAUCCAUGACUUCUCUGCAAUCCAAGCUUUGUAGUCUGAAAGUGGAUCUGAAUAGAUGUAAAGUGUGAAAUUAUUCUAUCAUAACACUGUUAUACUGGCAUUAAUGUAUUAUUAGUCAGCAGUUAGAAGUUAUGGGGAUGUAUACAGAAAAAAAGUGUACUUCUAAUGUCAUUUAUUGUGUAAAAGCUUAAAAAGGGAAUUAAAAGUGCACAAUUCCAUUGUGUUGAAUAGCAUAGUGCUUUUAAUUCUUCAUGGACUUUUUCUGUAUUGUUUUAUUAUAUGACAUCAUUGCACACAGCUCUAUUCAGAUCAAGAAAACCAAGUAACCACAAAACAGCAACACAAAUCAACGUAAUUCAGCAUCCCACAACUGUACAGAAGUGGCUAAAAAGAUCUGAACUUGCUGAAUAUGUUUUAACACUGUUUACCAUCUUGUAUUCUCAGGGUGCUAGUGAGCUUUGCAUGUGAGCUCAUUAUUGAUGUUUGGUAGUCAUCUCAAUGGUGAUGCUGUUGUGUAAAACUUCUGAGGCACUGGAUUGCUUCAGGACCAAUAAGGAGACAAUUUCUUGAAGGAUGUAAGUUUCUAUCUAUCUAUCUAUCUAUCUAUCUAUCUAUCUAUCUAUCUAUCUAUCUAUCUAUCUAUCUAUCUAUCAUUACAAGACUUGGGAUUUGGAUUGAUCACAUUUUCGAUUAUACAGAGAGUGAUGGGUUACUACUGAAAUUCAGCACUUCAUAAUGAAAUUUUAGAAAAGGUGCAUGAAUCCGCUGCUUUGAAGUUGCCGAACCCUGAGAUACUGACAUAAUAAAACAUUUAUCACACCAUGA